GUGGCUUUCGCACGGAUUCCCGUCACACGAUCCUGAUCAACACCAACAGUUUGGGCAGCAUAAGCACCAGCACCACAGCACCCACGCCCGGGUCCAUGUCCCACGCCAUGCAUGUGACCAACGCCUGCAGCGCCUCCGACAUGAGGGUGCUGAUGCAGUCCAGGGAGUCACUGUUGAGCCUGGUUGAGCUGCGGCAGUCAAGGCGCGGAGGUCGGGAUCCGUUGGCGGCUAGGCUGGCGAAGAACAGAAGGCUAUCCACUCCCCAGCCAAUCACCGUACGGACGGAGAAGCCCGCCAGCAAACCCACGGCGACAGCCCGCACGCCCAGUGUGUUGACACACUCACACAGCAUGCCAGAUAGUCUGGAUAAGCUGACACGGAAAAACUACUUCAGCCUGAUUGGUUCAGAUGUUCAGAGCAUCACCAGCCAGCAGAGUGUGGAUGAGGACUCCUCUGAUGAGUCUGAGUACUCCAUGGGCUACCACACAGAAGCUUCACACAGCACCAGGUCAUCCCACAUCAUGCUGGCCGCCCUCGACCAGAUGAUCGGCAGUGAAAACCUGACAUAUGCAGAGGCACUCUGGGACCAUGUGACAAUGGACCCUGAUGAGCUGGGCUUCAGGGCUGGCGAUCUGAUUCGGGUCACAGAUACCACAGACAAGCACUGGUGGUUUGGCAGCAUUGAUGGUCAUGAAGGCUGGUUUCCUGCACACUUUUGUCAGGGUGAGUUGCUGCGAGUCAACCAGGAUGUGAUGGAAGAAGAGCUGGCAUACAUCCUGGCUGAAGAAGAUGAGGCAGCAACUGCAGCAGAGCAUACAGGAGCUCCAGCAAAGUCUUCUAACUUCAUGGGCAAGACCCAAGCCAGGUCUAAUGUCGUCAAUGAGAUUAUCAGUGCCGAGAGGGAGUAUGUCAAACAUCUCAGAGAUGUGGUUGAGGGUUAUGUGAAACAAGCUCGCAAGCGGCCUGAGAUGUUUCCCAGAGAAAAAGUCAGCACCAUCUUUAGCAACAUAGAAGAUAUUUUUAGGUUUGCUACAGAGCUGCUGGAUCAGCUGGAGCGGUCGGUCAACCAUAACCAGCCACACUUAAGCGAACUGGGCCAGUGUUUCCUAGAUAAGGUGGAGGGGUUUGAGUUGUACUCUGAUUACUGCAACAACCACACUGCUGCCUGUGAGGAGCUUAGGGAGCUGUAUCGCAAUAAGAGAUACAGGCACUUCUUUGAGGCUUGCAGAUUGCUUCAGGAAAUGAUAGAAAUUCCACUAGAAGGGUUCUUACUAACUCCAGUUCAGAAGAUCUGCAAGUAUCAUCUUCAGCUUGCAGAGUUACUAAAGUUUACUCCAUCUGAUCACCCUGAUUUUGGUCAGGUGCAAGGUGCAUUAGAGGCAAUGAAGAAGAUGGCCAUGUUGGUCAAUGAGAGGAAAAGGAAAAUGGAGAGUGUGGAAAAACUUGCAGCUUGGCAACUGUUAGUUGAUGAUUGGGAGGGACCUGACAUUCUGGAAGGCAGCUCCGAGCUAAUCUACUCUGGGGAGCUCAACAAAAUCAACCAUGCAGGUUGGUCGCAGGAGCGCUACUUCUUUCUCUUUGACCAUCAGCUUGUUUACUGCAAGAAGGACCUUCUGAAGAAGUCUAGUUUUUGCUUCAAGGGGCGGGUAAACAUGGACAGUUGCCAGGUCAUCAAUGUCGCUGAUGGUAGAGAUCCACAAUACAACGUGAGUGUCCGGAAUGCCUGGAAACUUCAUGAUACCAGCAGUGAUAAAUGGUACUUGCUGGUUGCCAAGACAACGGUCAUCAAACAGAGAUGGCUGAAAGCUUUCCAAGAUGAGAGACGGAGAGUUCAGGAUGACCUAGAAAACAAUUUCAACAUUCCCAAUCACGUCAAGCAGGCAGUGAUUUCAAACUUCAAGCAGAAAGCCAACCUCAGCAAGCCUAAAG